AUGCCGUCAGCAGUGCCGCAGCUUUACCAGUACACCCAUGUCCCCGAGACAAAGGAGGAUCUGGACUGGGCUGAAUUGCCAACCAUUGAUCUUGCCAAGUAUGGUACCCCCGAGGGUAAUCGCGAAUUAGCAGAUACUCUGCUGGAGGCCAUCCGCACCAAGGGAUUCUUCUAUGUUAUCAACUACGGCAUUAGCCAAGAUGCUGUUGAUAAACAGUUUGCGCUUGGGCAAAAGUUCUAUGAGCUGCCCCUCGAGGAGAAGCUCAAGUAUGUACCCGACCUGGACUCUGGAGACUACAAUGGCUACCGCCCGGGGGGCCGCCGUUUCUUGAGCGGCGGGCUCAGGGACAAGACUGAAGUCUGGAACAUGGCGACGAGAGCCGGGCACAUCACCCAGCCUGUACCCAAGCUGCUUGAGGAGCGCCUUGAGGAGAUUGACGGCUUCGCCAAGGACCUGCACGACAAGAUCCUGGACCCCCUGAACCACCUGAUCGCCAUUGCUCUGGAGCUUCCCGAGGAUUUCUUCGUCAACCUCCACAAGUGGGAGACCCACGACGAGUCGCACCUGCGUUACAUGAAGUACAGCAAGUUCUCGCCCGAGGAAGUUGAGAAGUUGGAAGACGGGCUGUGGUCGCGCGGACACACCGACCUGGGCUCAAUCACCCUCCUGUUCCGCCAGCCCGUCGCCGCGCUUCAAAUCAAGGACCACGCUACUGGGGACUGGAAGUGGGCGAAGCCCCUGGAUGGCAGCUUGACGGUCAACACCUGCGACGCUCUCAGCUUCUUGACUGGUGGAUACAUCAAGUCCACCAUCCAUAGAGUCUCGCUGCCACCCAAAGACCAGCGCCACGUGGACCGUCUCGGCCUCCUCUACUUCGCGCGCCCUCAGAAUGACCUGGUCCUCAGCACGGUCGACUCGCCGGUCCUCAAGCGUGAAGGGUACACACAGAACGAGUUUGAAAAGGAUGGCCACAAAGUACCCACAAUGGGCGAGUUUACAACCCUCAAGCAGACCUGGCAACAGACGAAGGAUAAGUCGUACAAGGACGCCGAGGGACAGGUAAUAUUGCCUGGCUUCAAAGGACGGACAUUCGAUUAG